AUGGCUCCAAUUUUCAGCCCGCCUCGAUCAGCCAAGCGCAGCAAGGAUUCCCUGCGUCCUGUUGCGGCGGGAAUUCCUGCCAAGCACGCGCUUGUCAGGCGUUCUGGUGUGUCCUCGAAUCGAGUGUCAAUGGAUAAAGGCUCUCGGGUCUCUGAAGUGCCACUGCCGGCCUAUGCAAACUAUUACCGCGAACGAUCGGCAUCAGCAUCACCUAAAAUCCGCAGCAGUUCCUCCGCCUCUAUAUCUCCCUCGCGCCGCUUCUGGACUUCCUCCGAUUCCGAGACCAAUUCGCAUCCCAUAUCAGCAGCCUCAUCACCACCACCUUGUGAGAAAGCGGCCACAACCACGUCCUUCAAGGCGCUCGAGUCCGAUCGACAGAACCUGGCUCGGUUCACAGAAUACGUGGAGCUCGGCUACGUGGCCAAGAGGUUCUCGGACACCAGCGAGCAAUGGGGCUACAGUCCCGAGCAGCAUAUUGUGACAAGCAAGCGCCACUUUGAGCUGAACGAGCUUGAGAAGGGCUUCAUUGAGGGUAUGACGCAACAGGACGCUGACAGGCUGUUCGCUGCCCACGCUCUCCUUGACUUGAGCCGAGGAAGCUAA